AUGAUCCUGCUCGAGGAUUUGAUAAACGGCAACAAGCCUUCAGAGAAGAUGAACAACGCCUGCUUGAGGGGCAUCCGAUUUACCGGUCGAGGCCAGACGGAACUCCUUGGAGUUCAGACCCGUAGCAUGAGCAGGAUGCAAACCCAGAAUGAUGCGGGCUUCCAAGACAACGCUCAUGUGGCCCGUCCAAACAUUCCUGCGGCAUCGGCUUCCCCGUUUGGUGAAUGGACGCCCGAUAUCGCCUACGGAAGUGAACUCUGGGUAGAAGGUGAGGACUUGAGUCGCAUUGAGAUUGCCGAGAGAGGGAUUGCGCGUGCUCGCUUGCGGGUCGAGCAUUAUAGAAACGCUCCCAACCCAGCCAUUUUCCAGCAACAGCUGGAUGAGGAGAUCAGGAAGCGGGAGGAGCUCGAUGAUCAUGACGAGGAGAACACCAAACCAAUAUCUACCCUUGCUUCAACCCAUCGAGAAGCCAUCAACAGACGUCUUGAACUUUUGCAUGAGAUUCUCGAGCAGACAGAGUCUGAAGCGCAAAGGGUCAAUAUCGAAGCCGCCAUUGCCGGAUACGAAUCCGGGGCCAUUCCGUAUUCAAGAUCGUAUACGCUCAUUUGGGCCGGCCGUAUCGUCGACACUUGUCCCGGUUACGGCUCGUUCACAACGGACCGUGAUUCUCGGCUUGACACGUAUCUUGACGAGCAUGGGCCUGGAUGGCUUUGGCAUGAGCCACCCCUCGCAGCGCAAGGCAAACUACGUGCCAAAAAAGGCACGAGUCUUGAGAACCCGCUCAUGGGGCGCCUGGAUACAUAUGGACAAGGUCAUUACAACAUUAAGAUGUAUUUCCGCGCGCGUAAGGAGAGAGUCAUGCGCAAGGGGGCCAAGCGUGCGAGAAAGGCAAAGGAGAAGUUGCCGGAGUUCAACGCGCAGCCUGACGAAAAAGCUCAAGUAGUUGAGUUGUCUUUGCUCCUCGACUCGGGCGCCACUUUGCCGUGUAUCACGCCCCAAGACCUUGCCCUUCUCGGCAUCGACCCCAAGACAUACGCGGCGCAGACGGCCUCGGAACUCCACCUCGGUGAGGGGACGGUGAAGAGGGCCAUUUAUGAGCUGGAUGUGGGGUUCAGGUUCGGCGAGGAAGACUGGGCAUUCCAUACGGUGCCAGUCAUUGUCUUGGAGGGCGAGAGUCGACUGAGCGGCAUGCUUCCCUUCAACGUAUGCUAUAUAUCAAGCGCGCCAGGCACACAUAGAAUGUGGCUUGGUCAGAAACGACGCGACGUGCUUGGGGCUGGUCGACUACCGGGACGUAUGAAGGCCGGGGAAGUGCACGAGGGGGAGGGCCGCAAUCCGUUUUAUGGAGCUGUUGGAACGCCGGCAAACAGCUUUUGGGCCACGGGAGGUAUCAACUUGAGAGACCGAGACUCUUCAUCGAAGUUUCUCAAGGACCGCACGGAUGAGCACGAUGCGGUGUUGGAGGAGCCGUCUAAGAUGUUCAGGUUCGAGCAUGACCUGGGGAAUGGUGAAACUUGGGUGGAUAUCGGGUCCUCAUCUGGUGCGGAUGAAGAGGAGGCUGUCAAGGCGAGUCCUCCGAGGAAAGGGAAACAAGCAGCGGGAUCAAACAUAGAGCGCAUUCAACGGUUGAAAAGGGAAAUCCUGGGUGCAACUGGUCAGCCUGUGCCAGCGACGGGCAAGAGAAAGGCGAGAAGCUCCGCAUUACUGAGCCAAUGA